AUGGGCUCGACAAUGCUGCAGCGAGCUUCUCCUUCCCGCUUCUUCUGCACCGUUGAUGUGAUCCGGGACGAUCUCAUCCAUCCGUUGGCGGGCGGCAACAAGCUGCGCAAGCUGGACGGGCUGCUGCCACCUGUGAUCCAAUCCGGGGCAACGGACGUGGUCACGUGUGGGGGUUGCCAGAGCGCGCACACUGCUGCUGUGGCUGUGGCGUGUGCAGAGAGGGGCCUUAAAGCCCACCUCGUGCUCAGGGGAGAGCCGCCCAAAGUUCCUACUGGCAACGCCCUCAUCUCGCACAUGUUCGGCUGCCCGAGAUAUGUUUCCCGGGCAGAAUACGCGGACCGGGAAAAGGCGCUUCUUUCUCGGGCAGCUGUGGUGGCUGGGGUAAGGGGGACGGUUCAGUGGGGUGCUGGGCCUGCCACGUCAUCCAUGAACUAUGGCAUGUCAGCAGCUGAAGAUGCCACGUCAGAGUUGGGUGACACGUCAGCAGGGAUGAAUGAAUCAGUGGAGGGGCAUCCGCGUGUGGCAAUAAUCCCUGAGGGCGGAUCAGAUGGACUGGCUCUGCUGGGUCUCCUGCGUCUCGUGCACCUGCUAUCAGAGCGAGACGGGCAGUGUGAGCAGAGGAGGCGCAGGCGAGUGGUGGUGGUGGACAGUGGCACGGGCACCACUGCUGUUGGCUGUGCUCUCGCCGUGCAUCUGCUGGGUCUCCCAUGGCUCGUGGUGGGGGUGACACUGGCCGGCACCCCCGACUAUUACACCACCCAGCAGGAGAAGCUGCUCAGAAGCUUCACGGACCAGCUCCCCUCGCUGCUCUCUCUGUCAGAAGCGCAGUUGCCUGUGUUUGACCGAGGCCAGGAGGACGUGUCUGAUAGAGCCACAACAGAGGCGGCAAAGGCAGCAGAAUCAGCAGAGGCAGCAGAGGAGGUAGAGGAGGUAGUAGAGCGAGCAGAGGAGGUAGAGCGAGCAGAGGAGGUAGAGCGAGCAGAGGAGGUAGAGCGAGCAGAGGAGGUAGAGCGAGCAGAGGAGGUAGAGCGAGCACUGCAGCAGUUGUCAGCGUGUGCCCACGCCCUUCCUCUCGUGUGGGUGCCUCGGGAAACUCCCCGUCGGUUCGGCAAGGUCCUUCCAGGUGAAAUCUCCCGGUGUUGUGACUUCAUGAGAGCAACGGGCAUCCCCAUUGACCCCAUCUACACCCUCGCUGCCUGGGAGGUCGCACACGCCCUGCCACACGCCCUCGCACUCACUCAGGCUCUAGGACAGGCCAAUGGAGGAGAGACACGUGGGCAAGGACUGGCCAAUGCAGGAGAUGCUGGGAAGCCUUCUGAGUCUUGUCAAGUGCAGACUGAUGGGCAGAGGCAGGACUCAAACGAUCAGAGUCAUGAGGAACAGUUUGCUGAUACGCUUGCCCAGGCUCUGCUUCCGAAGCUGGGCGAUUGGUUCGGCAACAGGCUCGUGGCGGGACGCAGCGGAGAAGGGGAAACGAGCGAUGCCAUCAGUGCAAAUGAUGUUCGUGAGAAUGCUACUGCUGCUGCUGCUGAUGCUCAUGCUCAUGCUCAUGCUCAUGCUCAUGCUCAUGCUCAUGCUGCUGCUGACAGUGGUGGUGCCAUCAGCAUCACAGUGCUGCACACGGGAGGGACCCUGGACAUGUUUGAGGUCAGGUUUGAGGUCAGGUUUGAGGUCAGGUUUGACGUCAGGUUUGAGGUCAGGUUUGAGGUCAGGUUUGACGUCAGGUUUGACGUCAGGUUUGAGGUCAGGUUUGAGGUCAGGUUUGACGUCAGGUUUGAGGUCAGGUUUGAGGUCAGGUUUGAGGUCAGGCUAGACGUCAGGUUUGAGGUCAGGUUUGAGGUCAGGUUUGAGGUCAGGUUUGAGGUCAGGUUUGACGUCAGGUUUGAGGUCAGGUUUGAGGUCAGGUUUGAGGUCAGGUUUGAGGUCAGGUUUGACGUCAGGUUUGAGGUCAGGUUUGAGGUCAGGUUUGAGGUCAGGUUUGAGGUCAGGUUUGAGGUCAGGUUUGGGGUCACGUUAGACGUCAGGUUUGAGGUCAGGUUUGAGGUCAGGUUUGAGGUCAGGUUUGAGGUCAGGUUUGAGGUCAGGUUUGAGGUCAGGUUUGACGUCAGGUUUGACGUGAGGUUUGACGUGAGGUUUGAGGUCAGGUUUGAGGUCAGGUUUGAGGUCAGGUUUGAGGUCAGGUUUGACGUCAGGUUUGACGUCAGGUUUGACGUCAGGUUUGAGGUCAGGUUUGACGUCAGGUUUGACGUCAGGUUUGAGGUCAGGUUUGAGGUCAGGUUUGAGGUCAGGUUUGAGGUCAGGUUUGAGGUCAGGUUUGAGGUCAGGUUUGAGGUCAGGUUUGAGGUCAGGUUUGAGGUCAGGUUUGAGGUCAGGUUUGACGUCAGGUUUGAGGUCAGGUUUGAGGUCAGGUUUGAGGUCAGGUUUGACGUCAGGUUUGACGUCAGGUUUGAGGUCAGGUUUGAGGUCAGGUUUGACGUCAGGUUUGACGUCAGGUUUGAGGUCAGGUUUGACGUCAGGUUUGAGGUUGAGGUCAGGUUUGACGUCAGGUUUGAGGUCAGGUUUGAGGUCAGGUUUGAGAUCAGGUUUGAGGUCAGGUUUGACAUCAGGUUUGAGGUCAGGUUUGAGAUCAGGUUUGAGGUCAGGUUUGAGGUCAGGUUUGAGGUCAGGUUUGAGGUCAGGUUUGACGUCAGGUUUGACGUCAGGUUUGACGUCAGGUUUGACGUCAGGUUUGAGGUCAGGUUUGAGGUCAGGUUUGAGGUCAGGUUUGAGGUCAGGUUUGAGGUCAGGUUUGACGUCAGGUUUGAGGUCAGGUUUGACGUCAGGUUUGACGUCAGUCACACCCUCCAUCUGGCAUCCCCAUCGUGGGCAGCAGAGCGCGUGCCUAGUAAGCCACGGACCAAGGCGCGCGCGCUGGCCAAGGCGCUUGGUGUGUCCAUGACAAGCAAGAACCAACCCACCUCUUGA